GUAUCGGAGUUGGAGCACCGGCGGAGACCCCUCCCUGAUUGUGCAUCUGGGGAAAGGGGAGGGCGAACAAUUGGUGCGGGUGGGCGUGUGUGUGUGUCUCCAGGGGACGGGGAUUUGCAGGCAGAGGCUGUAGCCCAAGGCAGGCUGCACUGAAGCCCGGGAGGUGGCAGCUGCUGUAACUGUCCCCAGGGAAGUGCUUGGAGUGUCCGGGUCGAAUCGAACCAGGGUAAAGGGGGGUGGGGGGUGUCUUAGGCUGCUUCACCACCCCCCUCUCCGCCGGCCUAACCAUGUGGUGCCUCCACUGCAACUCCGAGAGGACCCAGUCUCUGCUGGAACUGGAGCUUGACAGCUGCGUUGAGGGAGAAACCCCAGGAAGCGAGACCGGCACAUCUCUGGAUAGCUCUUCAACUUACCAUCAAGGUCCGAUAACACACAGUUCCUCCAUCAGCCCGGACCACUACGACCACUCUGCAUAUGGGCUGUAUGCCAUCUCCCCUGGGCAGCAGCGGUCCCGCCGACCAAAGCUCCAGCACUCGACGUCCAUCCUCCGAAAACAAGCGGAAGAAGAAGCUAUUAAGAGGUCUAGGUCUCUUUCCGAGAGCUAUGAACUCUCUUCAGACCUACAGGAUAAGCAGGUGGAAAUGCUAGAACGUAAAUAUGGGGGCCGUCUCAUAACUCGCCAUGCAGCCCGGACCAUACAGACCGCAUUUCGCCAGUAUCAGAUGAACAAGAACUUUGAGCGUCUCCGGAGUUCUAUGUCUGAAAAUCGAAUGUCCCGUCGCAUUGUGCUGUCCAAUAUGAGAAUGCAGUUUUCCUUUGAAGGGCCGGAGAAAGUCCAUAGCUCAUACUUUGAGGGGAAGCAGGUGUCUGUGACAAAUGACGGGGCCAAGCUUGGAUCCCUGGGGCCAUCUGAGUGUAGCAACUUGGCAGAACCGGCAACAAUGAAGUCCCCGGCCGCUUCCAGUGACUUUGCGGAUGCCAUCACGGAGCUGGAGGAUGCCUUCUCCAGACAGGUCAAGUCCCUCGCAGAGUCAAUUGAUGAUGCAUUGAACUGCCGCAGCCUGCAUGCCGAUGAAGUCCAGACCCCUGACCCAGUGAGAAGUCGUGACGUGGAGAGAGAGACUUGUGGGAGGGAGAUGAAGCCCACUCUCCAUGGUGUGGAUCCCAGGAAACUGGAUGAGAUGACUGCAUCCUACAGUGAUGUCACAUUGUACAUUGAUGAAGAGGAGCUCUCCCCACCCCUCCCUAUUUCCCAGGCAGUGGACAGAUCAUCCAACACAGAGUCUGACCUGAGGCUCCGGACCAUGAACUCUUCACAGGAAUACUGGUCGAUGACUCACAAGGAUGACAAGAUCGACACGGACACAAGCUGCCGUAGCACCCCAUCCCUGGAGUGUCAGGAGCCGAGGCUAAGAAUAGACCACCUUCCUUUGCUCACGAUCGAGCCCCCAAGUGACAGCUCCGUGGAUCUAAGUGAUCGGUCUGAGAGGGGGUCACUAAAGAGACAAAAUGCCUAUGACCGGAGCAUCAGCAGUCAACAAGGGAGCCCUAAGCAUAUUCCUCACGUGCUCCCAACCAAGAUCAUCACCCGAGAGGAACAAGAGCCCCGGCAUCGGCCUCGGCCCAUCGAUAGUCACUUGGCUAUCAACGGCACAGCCAAUAGGCAGAGCAAAUCUGAAUCUGAUUAUUCCGACGGGGACAACGACAGCAUCAAUAGCACUUCCAAUUCCAAUGACACCAUCAACUGCAGCUCAGAGUCCUCUUCUCGGGACAGCCUGCGGGAGCAAACCUUGAGCAAGCAGACGUACCACAAAGAGACACGCAAUAGCUGGGACUCUCCAGCCUUCAGCAACGAUGUCAUCCGGAAGCGCCAUUACAGGAUCGGAUUAAACCUUUUUAAUAAGAAACCUGAAAAGGGAAUCCAGUACCUCAUUGAGCGAGGGUUUGUCCCAGACACACCUGUGGGUGUUGCUCAUUUUCUCCUGCAGAGAAAAGGGCUCAGCAGGCAAAUGAUUGGAGAGUUCCUGGGGAACCGGCAGAAGCAGUUCAACCGGGACGUACUAGAUUGUGUGGUGGAUGAGAUGGACUUCUCAGCAAUGGAACUGGAUGAAGCUCUCAGGAAGUUUCAGGCUCACAUCAGAGUCCAAGGAGAAGCUCAGAAAGUUGAACGACUUAUUGAAGCAUUUAGCCAGAGAUACUGCAUCUGUAAUCCAGGGGUGGUGAGACAGUUCCGAAAUCCAGACACCAUCUUCAUCCUGGCCUUUGCCAUCAUCCUGUUGAACACGGACAUGUACAGUCCCAAUGUAAAACCAGAGCGUAAGAUGAAGCUGGAAGACUUCGUCAAGAAUCUGAGAGGUGUGGAUGAUGGAGAGGACAUCCCCCGGGAGAUGCUCAUUGGGAUUUACGAACGAAUCCGCAAGAGGGAGCUGAAGACCAAUGAGGAUCAUGUUUCCCAGGUCCAGAAGGUGGAGAAGCUCAUUGUUGGGAAGAAACCAAUUGGAUCCCUACAUCAUGGACUUGGUUGUGUACUCUCUUUACCCCAUCGGAGACUUGUUUGCUAUUGCCGGCUCUUUGAAGUUCCAGAUCCAAAUAAACCCCAGAAACUUGGAUUGCACCAACGAGAAAUCUUCUUAUUUAAUGACCUCCUAGUGGUUACCAAGAUAUUUCAAAAGAAGAAGAAUUCAGUAACUUACAGUUUCCGACAGUCCUUCUCCCUUUAUGGAAUGCAGGUUCUGCUUUUUGAAAAUCAGUACUACCCUAAUGGCAUCCGACUCACAUCUGCUGUUCCAGGAGCAGAUAUCAAAGUGUUAAUAAAUUUCAAUGCCCCCAACCCCCAGGACAGAAAGAAAUUCACCGAUGAUUUGAGGGAAUCUAUUGCUGAAGUUCAGGAGAUGGAAAAGCACAGAAUAGAGUCGGAACUCGAGAAACAGAAGGGUGUGGUCCGGCCCAGCAUGUCCCAGUGCUCCAGUCUUAAGAAGGAGCCUGGCAACGGGACACUGAACCGGGCCUGCCUGGAUGACAGCUACGCCACUGGGGAAGGGCUGAAGAGGAGUGCUCUCAGCAGCUCUCUCCGAGACCUUUCUGAAGCGGGGAAGCGUGGGCGUCGCAGCAGUGCAGGAUCGCUAGACAGCAAUAUGGAAGGGUCCAUCAUUAGCAGUCCUCACAUGCGCCGAAGAGCCACAUCAACCCGAGAGUGUCCAUCUCGCCCUCACCAGACUAUGCCUAAUUCUUCUUCCCUCUUAGGCUCCUUAUUCGGUAGUAAAAGGGGAAAGCCACCUCCCCAGGGCCACGUGCUCUCCGGCCCACCACAGCCUCUUCCUCACCCUCCAGUGAUUGCCCAUCAGCAGCAUUCCCCACACCCCUCCUCCGGGCAUCACACCAGCUCGGCUGAGGGGCAGACCCAGGCCCAGGUGCACACCCACCACUCCCAGUACUGUCACAUGCAGCAGAACCCACCCCCAUACCACCACCACCACCAUUAUCACCCACCACAGCACCCCCAGCACCCCCAUCAGUACCACCACAUCCCCCAUGGGAGCCACCCCUCACACACCCCCUAUGUGCCACAUUCCCACACCCCACAUGCCCAUCCUCCACUGCCCACCUCCCACUCUGGGCACCCUGCCCACUCUGGGCAUGGGACGCAUCACCACGGGCAGCAAGCUGCUCCUCCUACCAGCACCAAGCCCAAACACAGUGGCAUCAGCACCAUUGUUUAG